CCUGCCUCCAGUAAAUAUUUGUAUUAGCAGGAGCCGGCUCUGUAAUGGUGGCUGCGCUGUGAGCGGCGCAGACCCAGGGACCCCAGGGCACUGCAGGCAGCGAGCGGCGGCGGCGGCGGCAUGUCGGUGAACAUGGACGAGCUGAAGCACCAGGUCAUGAUCAACCAGUUCGUGCUGACCGCGGGCUGCGCCGCCGACCAGGCGAAGCAGCUGCUGCAGGCGGCGCACUGGCAGUUCGAGACUGCGCUCAGUGCUUUUUUCCAAGAAACAAACAUCCCCUACAGCCAUCACCAUCAGAUGAUGUGCACUCCAGCCAACACGCCCGCCACGCCCCCCAACUUCCCCGAUGCCCUCACCAUGUUCUCCCGCCUCAAGGCCUCCGAGAGCUUCCACAGCAGCAGCCCUGUAGCGUCUAUGGCGACCUCCCCUCCUCCCCCACCCCCACCGCUCCCCCAGCCUGGGGGCUUCAACCCAGCCUGGCCUGCGGCUCUCCCCUCCAGCCAGCAGCAGCAGAGCAUGUGGACUUCGCCCUCGCAGCCGUCGGGCUGGCCCGCCACAGUCUCCCAACAAGCCACGUCAGAACAGAAGGCCAACGUGACCAUGGAGGCCGAGAGAUGAGGCCGUGGGGGAGCGGGAACACAAUGUGGGGAGGGCCCACAUGGCCCCAGCGUUCAUUUCCCCUUCCCCUUUCCGAGGAAGAGAGGAACUUUGUUGCCUCGGAGACUGGCAACCACAUUCAGACAGACAGACACAUGAGCAAAUAGCCACCUUGCAUGGGUUUGGUUUGAAGUAGUUUUUACUUGUCCUAGAGCUGACCGGAGCUCCCCAGAGAUCCAGGGAGGCCAUGCUGAAUGCAAGAGCCAUCUCUGGCUUCUGCGUCCCGGAGCCUGACUUUAUAGGAAUCUCUCAAUGAGGGGACCCCCUUCCCAUCUUUCCUGCUGGGAUGCUGGAUUUUUGCAUGCGAGUGACUUUUGGGUGGGAGUGGUAAAUCCCUUCUUCAUGACCCACUUCUCCCUCCUAGCACCUGGAGGGGUCCCACUGGCAGGCAGAAUGGGGCUGUGGGUAAUACACAUCUCCCCCUCCCUACACGGCUCCCCCAACCCCGCCGAAUGGGUUUUUUUAAAG